CGGCCACAAGAUAACAAAAUAAAACUUGCAGUCUUGACAGCGAAAAAACACAAAAGAGCACUGCCAGACAUCAAGAAUGGAGGAGGACAUUUCUGUGGAAGAACUUCUUCAACUAGAGGGUGGAGGUGUAUCUGAUGAUGAUGAUUUCGACCCAGAUGAUGAAGUUUUCUCAUCUUUUUUUUCUGCAGCUGAAAGUGAAGAGGAAGAAGAAUCAGAAAUAAAUUCUGGUUCUCACAGUUUUACAGCAACAAGCACAAAGAAGCCAAACCUCAAAAAUAAUCAAAGAAAACAUAUUGUGGAGAUGUUGGGGAAGAAACAGAGAAAUGGUGUGAGGAAUCGCAGAAGGGAAGAUGAGAUAACGAUGGAAAUGGAAGGGGUUGUAAAGAGGACUGGAAUCGGUGGAUGGUGGUGGGUGGAGAAAUUAAAUAAAAUUAAAGAAAAUGUCAGAAAAAGGAAGACUAAGGGCGGUAAUUCAUUAAGGGUAUAAAAGCCAUUUGCCUUGUAUUUCCUUCCCAAAAUGGAAAGGUUGCAUUUAUUUUGAAACUGCCGAAAAAGGAAAGUGUUGCACUUAUUUAAGAACGGAGGAAGUAGUUAGGUUAUAGAUUGAUAAACUCAUUGAGUGAAAUGAACUACAUGUUUACUUGUAAAAUAUAUCUCUUACAUUUGAUUGUAUAGUACAAAGUGAU